UAAUAAUAAUAACCAUGGCCCAGUAACGCCUGACUCGCUCAGGGGUUCAGAAUCAAAACACUUCUGGUCCCAAGCAUUUCGCAUAAGGGAUACCCAUCGUGGCUCAUGGAGGCUGAGGAAGAUUUGCAACUCAGCCCAAUGUUUGUUUUGGCCACCUCGUGGCGGCUUCCCCCUCCCCUCUUUCUCCUUCCCGGCACUAACAAGAACUAAGUGCACGGAGCGAUGGCUGGAAGGCGCCGUCCUCACUUUCCGCAGGGCCCGGCUUGUUCUGGUGCCGGUGAGGCCUGUGCGCGGCGCGGUAAGAGGCGGAGGAAGGCAGGCGGGCUCCUGCUCCCUCCUCCUCCCCCUCCUCCUGCUCCUCGUCGCCGCCUCGCCUCCCCUCCCCCUCCUCUCUCUCUCUCCCCGGCGGGGGCUCCUCUCGCUACAGCUUCUCGGUCAUGUGACCCUAACGUAACCGGACAGGAAAAGCCGCCGCCACUGCUGCUGCUGCUGCCGCCGCCGCCGCGCUGUCUCCGUUGUUGGCGCUGCUGCUGCGUGUGGAGGAGGAGGAGGCGAGCGCGCGAGCCAGAUUUUAAAAGAUGGAUUUAGCAAACCAUGGACUUAUUCUGCUUCAGCAGCUCAACGCUCAGAGGGAAUUUGGUUUCCUUUGUGACUGCACAGUUGCAAUUGGCGAUGUCUACUUCAAGGCACACAAGUCUGUCCUCGCUGCUUUUUCAAACUAUUUCAAAAUGCUAUUUGUACAUCAAAGCAGUGAAUGUGUCCGUUUGAAGGCAACUGAUAUUCAGCCAGAUAUUUUCAGCUAUCUCUUGCAUUUGAUGUACACUGGGAAGAUGGCGCCUCAGCUCAUCGAUCCAGUUCGCUUAGAACAAGGAAUAAAGUUUCUGCAUGCAUACCCACUGAUUCAAGAGGCUAGUCUUGCUAGCCAAGGUAACUUUGCACAUGCAGAACAAGUUUUUCCUCUGGCAUCUUCAUUAUAUGGGAUUCAGAUUGCAGAUCACCAGGCAAAAAAUCCCACAAAGGCAGCCACAGCGACUGACAAACCUGCUCGAGAGCCAAGGCCACAGCCGAGAGCAAGCCAAGAACAGGUGCAUGAAGCUGCCCAGUUACCCGCAGCAGCUCUGCCUCAAGUGCCCCAGACAAAUAUGGCCACUUCUGACCAGCUGCAGCCUUCGCUGUCUCCAGAAUUGCCAUCUGCUCCUUCUCAACCUUCUCCCCCAGGAGAUGAAAAUAACAUGGAGGCCUCUUCUUCGGAUGAUCAGCCUACUUCCCUCACAAUAGCCCAUGUUAAACCAAGCAUUAUGAAAAAGAAUGGAAGCUUCCCCAAGUACUAUGCUUGUCACCUCUGUGGUCGACGGUUCAAUUUGCGAAGCAGUUUGCGUGAGCACCUCCAGAUUCACACUGGAGUGCCCUUCACGUCUAGCCAGCAUGGCGAAAGUAGUGUUCCCUUGUCUCUUUGUAAUAACAUACCUGAUAAAGAUGCAAUGGAAGUGGGAGAAACGGGUAUGAUCAGUGACAGUGAGCUGCAGCAGAUAUCAGAUUCACCAAUUAUUGACGGGCAGCAACAGGCAGAAACACCGCCCCCUUCUGAUAUUGCCGACAUAGACAACUUGGAGCAGGCAGAUCAAGAAAGGGAGGUCAAAAGGCGAAAAUAUGAAUGUUCCAUUUGUGGCCGUAAAUUCAUCCAGAAAAGCCAUUGGAGAGAACAUAUGUACAUACAUACCGGCAAGCCUUUCAAGUGUAGCACCUGUGACAAAAGUUUCUGCCGGGCCAAUCAAGCUGCUCGGCAUGUAUGUCUAAACCAAAGCAUGGACACCUACACAAUGGUGGACAAGCAGACUCUGGAGCUGUGUACUUUUGAGGAGGGCAACCAGAUGGACAACAUGUUGGUUCAGACUAAUAAACCCUAUAAAUGCAACCUAUGUGACAAAACAUUUUCCACCCCUAAUGAAGUUGUCAAACAUUCGUGCCAAAAUCAGAACUCUGUCUUUACACUAGAAGAGGACAGAUCUAUUCUGCUUGGUGGUGGGGAUACUGAAACCACAGAGAGUGACCAUUCUGUCUUAGACUCCAUAAAAAAAGAACAGGAAGCAGUGUUGUUGGACUAACUCUGAUACAGAAGUGAUUUUUUUUUAAAAAAAAAAACUAAAAAAAUUGUUUUAUUCUUUUUUUUUUUUUUUACUUAACCUAUCCUUCCCUUCAUCCAACCAUAACUAUACUGACAUGAAAGAAAGUCUCGUUCUUGCCCUUGUUUCCCAGCAAAAACACAAAAUUAAUAAAGAUUAUCAUAUGCAAAUACAAUAAUGUAUAACGGUAACCCAGCUAACUGAUCUGUAAUGCUAAGAAUGCAUUUGUAUAAGAUUAGCCAGUUUUAAGGUCAAAUAUAUGUUUGAAUGCAAUAAUAUGCAAGGUAAACAAAGACAGAAAGGAAACAAAACACAGCUUUAUCGAAGUACAAGUAUUUUUCUUUGAUUACAAAUACUUUUUAGAGGAAAAUUAGUUGGAGAUACAGAAUGCUAAUGAGAUGUGUAUUUCUCAUUUUACAAAAACUUUGAAAUUCACUUAACGAAAAUGAUACUUUUUAAUGCACAAGAUUUUUGUCAAGUGUUUAUUCCAGGUAAUGUCAUUGACAUGACCAUUCAAAAAGUGCAUUGCUAUAGCUAUGAAGCCAGCACACUGACUUGUUAUUAAAUCCCAUUGACAGCAGUAAGACUUAAACCUCCAUGUAAAUGUGCUCAGGAUCAACUUUGACUAAAAUAGCAGUAAUAAUGUGAUGGCAAUCAUUUUGUAUGUAUAAAAAUGUGUUUGCGUGUUUGUUCUUCAGGUAAAUGCAGGUAAAUGUAUGCACGCACCCUUCCUAAUCAAGCUGGCCACCAAUUCUUAAAAACUGAACUUAACCAAUUUAUUCUUUUAACAAUAAUAUGUAAAUUGAUCCUGGGUGUAUGCAUUUUAUGCUCCUGCUGCAGAUGGGGCUGAAAUGUACUGUCAUCCAAAACAGUGGAAGAAAUUGGAUUUCAGAAAAAUUGUACAUAGCUAGCAGGAGAAACAGAUUUGAUUCUUUCUGGAAUCAUAGAAAAAUAACAAAAUAGAUUUUAAAACAGCUAUCUGAGUUUACCUGAUGAACCUGUAUGAAUUAAUAGAAAGAGAAUCUGGUCUUAAUAUUUAACUACUGGUAUCAUUUUAUAACUGAAAGGAAAAUGUAUCAUGGUUGGUUUUCUUGUAAUAGCGCAACAUUGAAUGGGAAACUGUCCUUUGUGUUCCAUUAGUUUAUGUGCCACCUAGGCAACAUAUACAAAAAGGACACAUAGUGGACAGAACAAAUUUUAAAUCAAGUUUCUGAUUUUUGGAUUUCUUUUUUAUAUAUAAAUAUCAGAAUAUUUUCCAGUAGUAUUUAAAAAACCCAAAGUUGACAUGAAUAAUUUGUAGUAGUGGGGAAAAUUCAACGAGAGGAUCCACCCCACCAAAAAUGCAGGAAGUGUUUUGAUGCGGAAGAGAUAGGCAGAUACGGUUCUGCUUUUGUAUACAUGUUUUAUUUGAAUAUCACCCUAUUUUGUGUCUAGUUAUGUUCUCCAGUUUGUAUGUUUUAUACAUUAUUUCACAAAAUAAAAAUGGUAUAAAAUCAA